AUGAAGACCACGAGCCUCCGGGCAGCGGCUGUGGCCCACAGCUGCAUCUGUUUCACUGGCAGUGUGCGGGUGCAGCUGCAUGAAGAACGUCUGAGCCUACAGCCAGCACAGGAACACGGUGAGCAAGAACGUUUGGAUUUAGACGGCAGCAGCCUGGUAUGGAAGGCCCUACAGAGCAAAAUCGAUGCAGAUCUUCGGCGCUGCCAGGCUCUGGCCAGGAUGUUAAUGGAGCGCUGCGUCCUGGAAGAAGUCGCGCCGUCUGAUCGAAUCGUGGCCGGUGGCAGUGAGCUCUUCACGAAAUAUGCAGCAUGCCAAAACGUUUGGUUCGAGAUAGCCAUGAGGCUCGUCACCGUAGCCCUGGUUGCUGCCGUCGGGAGCGAGAACGGCCUGGAGUUGGUUCUGGGAUAUACAUUGUGCACUGCGAUUGCUGUAGGCACCUUCCGACCCUUCCGGCAACACCAGGUGAAUGAUCUGCAGUGCAUCUGCUUCUUGUGCUGGGUGUUCGUGCCCCGCGCAGCCCUGGUUGCGCCGUGUAUCGUGGCAGCGGUGCAGGCGUUGCGGCCAGAUGGGCCGGAAGCAUUGGCCUUGCGCCUCUUCAAGGAUGCAGAGGCGAAGUGGCCGGCGCUUCAGCGGGGUGAAACUGUGGAGCUCUCUCUGCGGAACAUCGCACUUUUGUGA